UCUUUAAAACAUAACCCAUACCUCUCAAAUCUCACCCCAACAACAUUUCAAGACAGAACACACAAAGACAUGGAACCAAAGAUAACUCUGUUCGCCGUGUUGGCAACACUUCUUGUCUUAACCGUGAAUGGUCAGUCAGGUUGUAACACCCACAGGUUCGAAAACAACUUAGCCUUCACAACUUGCUCUCCUCUCCAAGCCUUAGGCUCUUUCCUCCACUGGACUUACAACGAAGCAAACGGCACCGUUUCGAUCGCCUUUCGUCACCCUGGAACGACCACUUCUUCUUGGAUUGCUUGGGGACUUAACCCAAGUGGGACACAAAUGGUUGGGACACAAGCUCUUGUUGCUUUCACCAAUUCAAGUGGCCAGUUCCAAGCCUAUACCUCUUCUGUGAAUUCUUACACUACGCAGCUCGAACGCGGAAGCCUUAGCUUCCGUGUGAGCCGCGUCUCGGCUACUCUAGUUAAUGGCGAGGCGACCAUAUUCGCAACUCUUGAGUUGCCGGCGAAUCUGAUCACGGCUAAUCAGCUUUGGCAGGUUGGUCCUGUUACUAAUGGUGUUCCUAUGAUUCAUUCAAGGUCAGGGGACAAUAUGAGAUCUAUGGGUAGGAUUGAUUUCAGGACUGGUCAGUCAACGGCUGGUGGUGGUUCUGGUGAUAGGCUAACCAAGAGAAAUACUCAUGGAAUACUAAACGCGGUGAGCUGGGGAGUACUAAUGCCAUUAGGAGCAAUGAUGGCUCGGUACAUGAAAGUCUUCGCCGAUCCAACAUGGUUCUAUCUCCAUAUAGCCUUCCAAGUCUCCGGUUACGCCAUCGGUGUAGCCGGUUGGGCUACCGGAAUAAAGCUAGGCAAUGACUCACCAGGCACAUCUUACUCAACACAUCGUAACCUUGGAAUAGCACUCUUCACAUUUGCAACACUUCAAGUAUUUGCUCUCCUUCUAAGGCCAAAGCCUGACCACAAAUUUCGAAGAUAUUGGAACGUGUACCAUCACAGCGUUGGAUACACUACCAUCAUACUCUCCAUUAUCAAUAUUUUCAAAGGACUAGACAUUUUGGACCCGGCUGAUAAGUGGCGUUGGGCUUAUAUUGGAAUCUUGAUCUUUCUUGGUGCUUGUGUUCUUAUUCUUGAGCCACUUACUUGGUUUAUCGUUCUUCGUCGUAAGAACCGUGGAGGUAACACGGUUGCUGCACCGACUUCGAACAAGUAUUCCAAUGGUACUACUACUAGUACCGGACCACAUCACCAAGACGCCUAGUUUCACUUAUUGUUUCUAUACUUGUUUUGGUUUGUUAUACUUCUACGCAGUUUUGGAUUCUUUUUUCAUUUGAUAUCUUGUAGGCUCUUGUAUGUAUGUAUUUAUGCGAUUUUAUUCAUUGUGUUAUAGAUAUAUUAAUCUAUGGAGUUAUUAAUCUUUUAUA